GGGCGCGGGAUGGCUGGGCCCGGCUGGGGUCUCCCUCGGCUGGACGGUUUCAUCCUCACCGAGCGCCUGGGCAGUGGCACGUACGCCACGGUGUACAAGGCCUACGCCAAGAAAGUGAUGCCGUGGGUUAGAAGCUUGGCGUUGGAGAACACUUGCUGGGGUGGGAUUCCAGAAUCCGGAUGCCACAUUGAUUUGAGAAGUGGAGGCUGGGAAACUUGAAGGCCCGUGGAGAGUGGACAGACCCAAACAGGGGAAAGGCUGCAGAGGGAAUCAGAGACACUGCAGCCCAUGGGGUCGCCCCCUUCAAGACAGAGACCCCAAAUUUCCUGUACCACAGAAGGAUACUCGGGAAGUGGUAGCCAUAAAAUGUGUGGCCAAGAAAAGUCUCAACAAGGCAUCGGUGGAAAACCUCCUGACUGAGAUCGAGAUCCUCAAGGGCAUCCGGCACCCCCAUAUCGUACAGCUGAAAGAUUUCCAGUGGGACAAUGACAAUAUCUACCUCAUCAUGGAGUUCUGUGCAGGGGGUGACCUGUCUCGAUUCAUCCAUACCCGCAGGAUCCUGCCGGAAAAAGUGGCCCGUGUUUUCAUGCAGCACUAGUGCCCUGCAGUUCCUGCACGAACGAAACAUCUCUCACUUGGAUCUGAAGCCACAGAACAUCCUACUGAGCUCUUUGGAGAGGCCCCACCUGAAGCUGGCAGACUUUGGCUUUGCCCAGCACAUGUCCCCAUGGGAUGAGAAACAUGUCCUUCGCGGCUCCCCGCUCUAUAUGGCUCCUGAGAUGGUGUGUCGGCGGCAGUACGACGCGCGUGUGGACCUCUGGUCUGUGGGGGUCAUUCUGUACGAAGCCCUCUUUGGGCAGCCCCCCUUUGCCUCCAGAUCGUUCUCAGAGCUAGAAGAAAAGAUUCGCAGCAAUCGGCUUAUCGAGCUUCCUCUUCGGCCCCAACUCUCCCUAGACUGCCGGGACCUGUUGCAGCGACUUCUAGAGAGAGACCCCAGCCGUCGAAUCUCCUUCCAGGAUUUCUUUGCCCAUCCCUGGGUGGACCUGGAACACAUGCCCAGUGGGGAGAGCCUGGCGCAAGCAGUACGCAGACUGAUGGAGAUAGGGAAGGGAGGUCUGAUUGCCGAUCCUCCAAUCCCCCAGACGGCCCUUGUGGUGGAGGCUGUGAAGAAGGACCAGGAGGGAGAUGCUGCUGCCGCCCUGUCGCUCUACUGCAAGGCGCUGGACUUCUUUGUACCUGCGCUACACUACGAAGUGGAUGCCAAGAGGAAGGAGGCGAUUAAGGCCAAGGUGGGGCAGUAUGUGUCCCGGGCCGAGGAGCUCAAAGCCAUUGUGUCCUCCUCCAAUCAGGCCCUGCUAAGACAGGGCACAACUGUCCAAGAGCUGCUUCGAGAGAUGGCCCGGGACAAGCCACGCCUCCUCGCUGCCCUGGAAGUGGCCUCAGCUGCCAUGGCCAAGGAGGAAGAAACUGGCAAAGAGAGGGAUGCCCUGGACCUGUACCAGCACAGCCUCGGGGAGCUGCUGCUGCUGUUGGCAGCAGAAGCCCCAGGCCGAAGGCGGGAGCUCCUUCACACUGAGGUUCAGAACCUCAUGGCUCGAGCUGAGUACCUGAAGGAGCAGAUCAAGAUAAAGGAAUCUCACUGGGAAGCAGAGAGUCUGGACAAAGAGGGGCUGUCGGAGUCUGUUCGUAGUUCUUGCACACUGCAGUGACACCGGAAGGACCAGUGGAUGGAGCACAAACCUACAGGGAAGCUGCAUACCAGCCCAGGGUUGACCCCUGUGAACCUGGGACCUCCCUGGAUGAGCACCUCUUACAUCCUAGUUCCCAGCAUUCCUCUGAGUGUUCUCCACCCUUGGGGCAUCCGGUGGCAGGUGUACUAAACACUGGGAGAAUUACUUUAAUAUGACUUUGUCAUUAGGUGACUGCUGGCCUAAGCCUGUUGGCUUCAGGACAUCAUCACCCUGUUGUGUUUUGUUCUGCGAAGAGGAUAUCAUACCUCUUCAGGACACUUCAGUUCCUUCCCUGCAACCAGGGAGCUGCUGUACCUGGGCCAACCCUCCCUGGGAGCCUUUAUUCCAACCCUACUUUCUUCUUCUUGCACUGGAAUGGGAUACUCCGAUACCCUCAGGGACUUACCUACCGGACAGUAUGCACUCAGCCCUCAGCCCCCUCCAGUCUUCCCAGGAGCUCCCAGCUGUCAUCCUUUUCAGUUCUUUAAGACAAUCCUUCAUGCAUGAAAGUCAUGUCCUUUGUAAAAGUCUGUACAUGUGAGAAUCCCAGACCUGUCCCUGUCUUGGCAUGAAGGAGGGGUUCUCAUACCCCCACUUACAGCUCUGUUUGAGGGGAUAUGCCACACUAGUCACAUGGUGGGCCCUGAGCUAGAGCUGGGUGGUGGCUGGGUCUUCCUUUCUGUCCUGUUAAACUCUGGAUACAUCCGCAGUGUCCACCUUUUGUGAGCUGGAGAAGAAUUUACAUCUGGAGUUACUGGAGGUUUGUUUUUUUUGUUUUUUUGUUUUUUUUUUUUUAACCACUUCCCGAAUCAUCAUCUUGUUUCAGAUUUUUACUCAAAUUCUUAUUGAAGGCUGAUUUUGAAUAAGGGGCAGAGGAACUGUCUGCCACAGAUAACCCCAAAUGACAAGUACUGAGAGCUGCUUCCUUCCUUCUCCUCUCUCUCUCUCUCUCUCUCUCUCUCUCUCUCUCUCUCUCUGUGUGUGUGUGUGUGUGUGUGUGAAGGGUUAUUUCUAAAGUUGGAGAGUAUUGGUGGUUUCCAAUCAUUCCGCCCUUAACUGCCUCCUUAAGUCAAAGCGGGACAUCCUCCUUGCCAGAGGCUGGAUGGCUGGAUGGCUGUAAAGAAUGAGUCCAUUGUUUCCCUAUUAAAUUAUUUUCAAUACUUA